AUGCUUUUCCGUCGAUCAGUUUUCGCUAUCCUUGCCUUGACAGUGUCUACCCAUGCCUUCACGGCUCCCUCUGUCCCUGCUUUUACUCAGAGCUCUGCCUUGAUGAUGAGCACAGAGGCAGAACCAGAGGCUGCAGUAGAAGAAAGUGACUUUGACAGGAGUCUCAAGGCAGAUAUUCGAAAGUCGCUCAACUACAAGCCAGGUGCAGCUGACACGGAAUUUGCCAAGCGAUAUGGCCACUUGGUGGGAAAGAAAAUCAAGACUGUGGGAGAAGCCUUUGCGGAAUUCACUGAGGAAUUGGGAUUCACUGUCAACGCCUUGUACAAAAACAUGGUUACCGAUAUUGUAGGAACUACCCAUUUGAUUGUGGUCAACGCCCGAUUCCAAAGAGACCCUGUGUGGUCCUUGGGUAUCAUCACCGCCCUGGAUUUGCUCCUGAAAAACUACCCAGAGCAAGAGAUUGCCACCAAAAUCAAGUCUGCUCUCUUCAAGUGCAUUGGCAUGAAUGAGGCAGAAAUCAUGGCAGAAGCCAAGAGUGUGCAAGACUGGGCAGCCGGCAAGACCAAAGAAGAUGUAGAAGCUGCCUUGUCCGGAGAAGGAGAUGGUCCCAUUGCUGCACUUGCCAAGAACAUCAAGGGAGAUGAAUUCUGGAUGUACUCUCGGUACUUUGGCAUUGGUCUCUUGAAGGUCAUGGAAUCUGUUGGGCAGGAAAUGGACAAGGAUGAAGUCUACCCUGUCAUUGAAAGCUGGAUGACCGACAAAUUGGGUCGUUCUCACCUCACUGCAUGCGCCGACAGUGACUUGUACUUCAAAAUCCGCGACAAGCUUGACAUGAUGGAGACCAUGAUGAAGGAGAUUGAAAUCCGUGAGAAGAAGCGAAUGGCCGAACGUUUGGAAGAAAAGGCCGAGGCAGCCUUGCGAGCGGCCGAUAAGGAGGUCAAGAUGCAAGCAGAAAUCGAUGCAGAGGCCCAAAAGAACAGAGAACGAGUCGAAUCAUCUUAA